AGGCCUAUAAUCAGUAAUCACAAGUCUUGACGCUUCGAGUCUUGACAACAUUAAGUUCUAUUCGCCCUCGUAGUUUCGCCGCGAACUGUGCAACAUGAAGAUCUCGACGGCGGUUCUUGGGUUCGCCGCAUUGGCCGUGGCUAGCGAUGUGCACGACUUAACCGGCCAGACCUUUAAUGACUUCGUAAAAGACCAUGAUCUCGUGCUCGCAGAGUUCUUCGCGCCGUGGUGCGGCCACUGCAAGGCCCUGGCUCCCGAGUACGAAGAAGCAGCGACAACGUUGAAAGAUAAAUCCAUACCUCUUGCCAAGAUCGAUUGCACGGCCGAACAAGAGUUGUGCCAGGAGUAUGGCGUGGAGGGUUAUCCGACUCUAAAGGUCUUCCGGGGACCGCAGAACAUUGCGCCGUACUCGGGGCCCCGCAAGGCGGAGGCCAUCAUUUCCUACAUGACGAAGCAGAGCCUUCCCUCCGUGAGCCUUUUGCAGAGCACCGAGGCCCUCGAGGAGUUUAAGACCGCGGAUAAGGUCGUCUUGGUCGGCUAUUUCAGCACAGACGACAAGACCAGCAAUGUCACAUACGAGGAGGUUGCGGACCAGCUGCGCGACAGCUUUCUGUUCGGUGCCACUUCGGACGAGGCUUUGGCGAAAGCGGAGGGUGUCACUCAACCAGCUAUCGUACUGUACAAGGACUUUGACGAAGGCAAGAAUGUCUUCGAGGAAGGCUUUACGAAGGAUAAGCUCAUCGACUUCGCCAAGGCUGCCUCGACCCCGUUGGUCGGUGAGGUCGGCCCUGAGACAUAUGCUGGUUACAUGGCGGCCGGCAUUCCGCUUGCCUACAUCUUUUCCGAAAGUGCCGAGGAACGUGAAAGCCUCGCCAAGGCAUUGAGGCCUGUCGCGGAGAAGCAGAAGGGCAAGCUCAACUUUGCCACGAUCGAUGCGAAGGCGUUCGGCCAGCAUGCCGGCAAUCUAAACCUCGAGGUUGGCAAGUGGCCAGCUUUCGCGAUUCAGGACACGGAGAAGAAUCAAAAGUUCCCCUACUCCGCGCAAGGGUCGGUCUCUGAUCUGAGCGAGAAGAAGAUCGGCAAGUUCGUCGAAGACUUCGUCGCCGGCAAGGUUGAGCCCAGCGUCAAGUCUGAGCCGAUCCCUGAUAAGCAGGAAGGCCCGGUGACGGUCGUUGUAGCAAAGAACUACCAAGAAGUCGUCAUCGACAACGACAAGGACGUGCUACUUGAGUUCUACGCGCCGUGGUGCGGCCACUGCAAGGCUCUGGCACCCAAGUAUGACGAGCUCGCGGGCAUGUUCAAGCAGUACAGCGACAAGGUCGUCAUUGCCAAGGUUGACGCCACCCUCAAUGACGUGCCUGAUGAGAUCUCCGGCUUUCCAACAAUCAAGCUCUUCAAGGCAGGUUCGAAGGACGCACCUGUUGACUACUCCGGUUCUCGCACGGUCGAGGACCUCGCAAACUUCAUUCGUGAGAACGGCUCGCACAAGAUCGAUGUUGGCUCGAAGGCAGAGACCAUGGAGGGCGUAGAGACCGACCAAAUGCCUAAGCAGGCUCCGGCUGCGACGGCCUCGGACCUGUCCGAGAGCGUGACCGAGGGCAUUAAGGACACGAUUACGAAGGCUGCGGGAGCGAUCAAGGACGCUAUCAUCGACGAUGGUGAGGUGGAGGAGCACGACGAGUUGUAAGCCAGGAAGGUAGUUGAGAUACUACAUGUGUGUCGUUAGGAGGUAUGCUGUAACGAAUAAUAUGUUAUUGCGAUGAACUUGGGUAGACGAUGAGCUUCGAAAAGGGCUUGAAGGGCGCCAUGUCUGCGAUACCGAAUGAAGCGUGCUCGGAGUUGCGAGUAUGCUUCCUUACCACAAUCUAGCAUCCUCCUCAGUGCCUU